AUGAAAAAGGUUAACACUGCUCUGACUACUGAUAAGCCUAUUGUCUCUGAAAAAGAUGACAACGAUGAAAAGGACAAACAAACUAAGGCAUUAGAGGCUUGUGUCGAAAAUGAUUUUUUAUGCAAAAAUUUCAUUCUCAAUGGUUUAUCUGAUGACUUGUAUGAUUAUUAUAAUUCUGACAAAAAUGCAAAGGAAAUCUGGAACGCACUGCAAAAGAAGUAUGACACUGAGGAGGCUGGAACCAACAAGUACGCUGUCAGUCGCUACCUCAAAUUUCAGAUGACCGAUGACAAGUCAGUGGAAGCCCAAUCUCAUGAACUUCGGAAAAUCGCUCAUGAAAUAAUUUAUGAAGGUAUGUCUUUAGAUGAACAAUUUCAAGUUGCUGUGAUUAUUGACAAACUGUCCCCUGCGUGGAAAGAUUUUCACAAAACAAAAGAAUUUUCACUAGAAAGUCUGAUCACUCUCCUUCGUAUUGAGGAGGAAGCCCGUAAACAAGACCAGAAAGAAGAAGCGCUUGUUGUAUCCAACAACAACAACACUAACAAAAAGUCCACUGUGGUUCUGAAACCCAAUGGGAAAAACUUCAAGAAUCAGAAUCGAAUGCAGAACUCAAACUGCAACAAUCAACCUCGGAACAAUAAUCAGAAUUGGAACCAUCAAAGGAACCAAAACAGACCAGGUCAUAUUGCACGCAAGUGCAGGAACAGGCCAAGCUCUGCUCCGCAGGCUAACCUGACAACUGAAGAGCCUUUCACGGCUAUGAUAUCUGAGAUCAACCUUGUUGGUGGAUUAGAAGGGUGGUGGGUAGACACUGGUGCUUCUCGCCAUGUUUGCUAUGAUUGA